CUUGCCAACAUGUCAGCUUCCAGUUAGUUACGUGUCAACUAUAUUUUUCUAUAUUUUCAUAUAAUAAAUGCAAGAAAAAGUCAGGUCGGCGCACAAGUAAAUACAUGCAUGUUCGUUAUAUGUCAGAAUUGUGAAGCAUUCAAGCAAUGGGAUUUUGCAGUACGAAAAAAUUGUUUGGCCUGCUUGCAGUGGUAUGGUUAGGUAUUAUGUGCUAUCUAUGGUUUCCAAAUCUAUUCCCUGUUCAUGGCAUUCUGAGAGAAAAACAAUCAGGUCCUGAUAAAGGUAUUUUCCAAGCGGAGGCUUUCCAGCUAGCCCGUUUCAAUAAAUCCAAGCUGGCUCAAGCAGAUGUUGUACAUGUAUGUAUUACCUCAGAUGAGAACACUAUAGGAGGAAUGAUUGCCUUAAUAAACAGUAUAGAUCAGCAUGCCAAACAUCCGGUCAUGUUUCAUCUUGUAGUGGAAGAAAACAGCGUCGGUCAUCUGAGAACUUGGAUAGAAAAUUCUAGACUACAUGAUAUAAUGUAUGAGAUUAAACCAUUCCCAAAGGAACUUGUGGAAGGAAAGAUUAAAGUAAGAGGCAGCAGACAGGAGCUAGCAAAACCUUUGAACUAUGCCAGAUACUACAUCCCACAGCUGUUUCCAGACCUAAGUGGAAGAAUUAUUUUCAUUGAUGAUGACUGUAUUGUGCAAGGUGAUUUAUAUGACCUGUACAACAUGAAGUUGAAGCCAGACCAUUGGGCGUCAUUUGCGGAGGAUUGUACUGGCUCGGCUAAGAGAGUUACACUGAUGAAGAAUGUGUAUGCUGACUAUAUAGACUUCAAGAACAAACAUGUACAGUUGUUAGAUAUAAACCCUACAGCUUGUUCCUUCAACACUGGGGUGUAUGUGACAGAUAUCGACCUGUGGAGGAAAUACAAUAUAACACAAAAACUCGAAUAUUGGCUUACCUUGAAUACCAAGGAGGAGGUGUAUGGCAGUGAAAGAGGGGGAGGAGGCUCACAGCCUCCUAUGAUGCUUGUCUUCUACAAUAAAUACACAGCGAUGGACCCCAUCUGGCAUGUUAGAUAUCUCGGUUGGACAAGAGGUACCAGUUACACAUCAGCUUUUCUUAAAAAAGCCAAACUACUACAUUGGAAUGGUCAGUUCAAACCAUGGGGUCGAAGGUCACAGCAUGCAGAAAUCUGGGACAGAUAUUUUAUAGAAGACCCAAUGGGACAAUUUAUGCCAGUUAGAAGAAGUUAGAACACCAUAUGUGUUGUUUAUUACAUAUUUAAUGACUGCUUGCAAUAAUAAACAUGUACAUGGCUUUUUGGUUAUCAGCAUGUAUUGAAAUGUGUUCCAUCAGUUGUGUUUGGGAAAUAGAUUUUGUUGGCAAAUAAAACACAGUUUCGAGUUCAGAUGUGUAAUAUUCUAAUCACGAAGGCCGAAGGCAUGAGUGAUUAAUUACGACUCAUCUGAAGGAAAAGUCGUGUUUUAUUUGCCAGGAAAGCAUGCAAAACUAAAAUCUGUUUCCAUUCUAACACGUUCGAAUUAUGCAGGAAGGGAUACUAAUCUGGAAUCCUUUUUUAGGCGGAAUAGCCAAAAAUAGGUCAUUUUGCGAAACAUGUUUUUUAUCGACAAGACAAUACAUGGUAAAAUCCUUCUUUGUUUAUAUAAAGGAAAAUCUUAAAAGUGUUAGAAUCAUAAAUAAAUGAUGAUUUUAGCCAUAGAUUUUUAGUAAUACCAGUAAAGUGUUACUUCUAUAUCUGUAAUUCAUUUAAAUUACAAGAAAGCAGUCACUUUGAAUUUUAAGUAUUAUUAUCAUAAUCAAAAUAAAACACUAAUAGUACAUGAAUUUUCUAUGAUCAGCUCUCCACUAAAAUUUAACUCCUGUUUAAAUCAUUGAUUUAAGUCUAUUGUAGAUAAUAUCUCCAAUUUGCAUUUACAGUACUGAGUUACUGCAAGAUCAAUCAAAAAGUUGAUGUCUUUCAAACUAUCAUAUUUGCUCAUAUUGAGCAUCUCCACUCUAUAAUCACAAGAUCACUGCUCAUCCGUCAUAUUGAGCUACUAUAGAUUCAACCCUUACCCAGCUAAAUUUCUAUAAUGAACUGUUGUGUCCAGCAUGGUAAGUAAAAAACAUUGAUCAAAAUAUGUAUAUAAUUAUAUCAUAUGAUAGCCAUGUGAAAUUUCUUUUACAAUUAAUAUGUAUUUGUUAGUGGAAAUAAGGUUAUUGUUAGUGGCAAGGUUUUCCUGAAUUUCAUAUCUAGUGUGUGAUGUAAUUAAUGUAAUGUGUGUCAUUGCAUUAAUUCUUUUAUUUAAUUCUGUAUUGUCAAUCUUAUUCAGGCUAUUGAACAAAUUCAUAAUAUUUACCUUACAUUUAUACGUGUAGAAACAUACGUAAUAAUAAGGUUAUUAUCUUUGCAUCGGGAAAUAUGCACUCGUUCUUUAGUGGAAGAAUAUUGCGCAACUUUAGUCGCGCAAUAUUUCCGCUGCAGAACUUGUGCAUAUUUCCUGAUACAAAGCUUAUAACCUGUAUUCUAACACAAUCCGAUUCAUUUUCCUAUUAAACAAAGAAGGCUGAAAACAGUGAAUUAUUAUACAACAGAUCAGUGUUCUGACGUCACAAUUAUUACGUCAUAGCGUCAAACGGCAUAGCGGCGCGCUGGAAAAGAAACCAAUUGAAAACGGGCAAAUAUUUAAUGAAUGUCGUCAAGGAUGUACUUAAAAGUCCUUGGUAAUGUGUUAGAAUCGAAAUAAUAUAUCUCAUUUAGUGAUUUGAUCUUGAAUAAAUCAUUGUUUGUCGUUCAGAUGCGUAUUAUUAUAUCACUUGGGCUGCGCCCUCGUGAUAUAAAUCCUUCGCAUCUGAACUCCAAACAAUGAUUUAUUCAAUGACAAAUCACUGGAUGAGAUAUAUUAUUUCUUAAAUAAUUACAUGGUUAGAAAAUCUGUACUGUUAGUAUUACAAAUGAACAUGCACAGUUAGAUCAAUAAAGGGAGGUAAUCAUAAAUAGUAGUUUCAAUAAUAUUUUCAGCUAUGUUAAUCAGUAUUUAGACAUUUCGCAAAUACAUGAGAAAAAAGUACGGAAAUAGAGGAUUAGACAUAUUUUAUGUUCCUAAUGUAAAGCCAAAUUAAAAACAAAAGCAUUAUGAGCCUUUCACAAGAGUUAGUGUCUCUAAUUUGCAAGUUUAUUGACCAUGACAUUGAUACUAUGCUUUUGUUAAAAAUACAUGACUAUAAAAAUAUAACCAUUUUUAACAUAAUUGACUUGUAAAUAAAUGUGAUAUUUUUCAUAAAAUCUUGUAAUGUUAUACUUGUAUUUGUCUUACAUGUGACUGGGGAAUGGUUUAAAAUUUGUUCUUUAACACAUUUUCAUGAGAUUAUAGUUGUAUUUGUAAAUAGGAAUUAUUUGUGUGUUUGAAUUAUAGUUGUUUUGAAUGAUAUAUUUUGAUAACAACAUAUCCCAUAUAAUUUAUACUUUACACAGACUUCUGUUCAGGCAGUGACCAGUAUACAGUGUUUAUGGUUUUCUCUAAUAUUGCAGGUGAAUGUCUAUAUAGAUGUACCUUAGAAUUGAUUUGGUUUAAGUGAUGUGUUCAUUACAGGUCAUGGGUAUAUUGGAAAGGAAAAAAUAGUGUAGCACAUGGGUGUUUUCAUGUGAUUUUUACCAAUGUGCGAUUGACUUAUCGCAUUUAUGGAAUACCGUUUUUGCAAUAUAGCUGGCAUAGAUAAUUUUCAGGCAACAAGUUAUUAAUAACAGUAAAACAAAUCAGGUUUGGAUACUGUUUUAGAUAUUCUUUAUGAACAGCAAUAAACUAUUGUUUUUAGUUUGAAAAUUAAUUUUAUUUUCGUCAAGUGUCCAUAAAUUUCUGGAAAACAAUCCGCGAAUAUUUUAAUACGCAAUACUACCCAUAAGUACAGUUUUAGGCUGAGUGGUCAUAACAAUUACGGGUCUGUAUAACUUCUGGCCGCAGGAAAUCUUUCAACUUGUUUUUUUUUAGUAGUUUAAGACAUGAAUGGGUCAAGUAAAGUAAAAGUAACUUUCAGAAAUUUUCAUGUUAUUGUGCUUCCAAGUUCAAAUGUGCCAAAUGAUUCAAUUUGUGUUGUACAAAAUUUAUAUGCACAUAUACCCUAAUAUAUAUGCUGAGUGUUGUAUUGAAGCUAGUAUAACAUGUACACUGCUGCUGAUUGUAUUGCUUGUUGUUGUUGUUGUCUUUUGAUAAUAUAUGUUUUAUACUUUAUUUAAUCUUGCCAAUACCCUUUAUGCUUGCAUUGAGUGCCAUAGACAAUUUAGUAUGGGUAAAUUAUGAUUUUGAAUGUUCCAGUUUUGUUUUCUGGAAAUGUAUUUACUGAAUCAUUUUCUCCUGCUGUUAAAUUACUUUGGAAGUCUCAUAAUGUGAAAUGAGCCACACCAUGAGAAAACCAACGUAGUGCGUUUGCAACCA